AUGAAUUCUUUCUCGAUGAACACACUCGCCAAAGCUCUGCCAUCAGUAUGCCGGCAAUCUCAAUCUCAGGUCGCGAGCUUGCGAACUGUUCGACCUUUGUCUACCUCUUCGAGUGUCUUCGCGAACUUCCGGGACCGUACCCGAUCGAUGGAGAGCCAAAUUCUCAACCGUGACACAGAGAGCCCGAGUGAUUCGUCACCACUAUCUGCCAUCACCCAAAUGAUGCAGGGAAGCAGUGACUCUGGCUCUGCCGCCCGGGUUCGCUCCGACUACUCCAGAUUGGCCGAAAGCCUCGAAGCCGAUAUGAUGAAGAACCCCUACGCCGACCGUGCCCCUCCUCACCACCUCCACGUCUUCUGCCAUAAACACAACACAAUGAUUACUUUGACACGGCCAAAUGGAAACCCCCUCAUGUCCAUGGGCUGUGGUCAGAUUGGAUUCCGUAAAGCUGGUCGUUCCGGCUUUGACCCUGCCUACCAGCUGUCGUCACACGUGAUGUCACAGAUCCAGGAACGAGGAUACCUGAUGGAUAUCAAGCGACUUGAGGUCGUUUACCGUGGCUUCGGAAAGGGCCGAGAGGCGUUCACUAAGGUAUUGCUUGGAAACGAGGGACGUAACGUCCGUGGACUUGUGAGCCGAGUGACCGACUCGACUCGCGUCAAGUUCGGUGGUACUCGUAGCCGGAAGGUUCGCAGACUUGGUUAA